AUGAUGUACACGUGUGUGUGUGUGUGGGGGGGGGGGGGCGUGUCAGUGAGAGAUGCAGGGAUGCAGCAGCGGUGCAAGACAUGGGGAAGAGGCGCCCCUCAACCCUUCACCUUGCCCUCCCCAGUUCAAGUUUUGCGCCAGUUAGUUCUACUUCCCUCCUCUCUCUCUCUCUCUCUCUCUCGUCACAGCGUUCGAUCCCCACUAGAAAAGCACGCACACGCAUACCUGCACACAGGAGACAACAUUGCGUCCGCCGUAACCGACACCAUGGAGGCAUCACGCUACAUCCACACAUAUCGCAUUUUCGUGAGCGGCCGUGUGCAGGGUGUCUUCUACCGCAAGUACACAGCGCUGAAAGCAGCGGAGCUAGGCGUGACAGGCUUUGUGCGCAACUUGCCAGACGGCCGGGUCGAGAUCCUGGCGGAGGGAACGAAGACCCAGGUCGGCGCGCUAGAGGCGUGGUGCCACAGAGGGUCACCAGAGGCGCAGGUGACCGCCGUGGACGUGGAGGAUUGCACACAGCUUGCACCUCAGAGCGAUGGCACGGGGGUGACGGCUACGCCGCCUCUGGAUCGCAAGAUGAGCAACUUCGUGGUGAGCCGCUAG